AUGGAAGACUACCACAAACCAGACCAGCAGACUGUGCAGGCGCUCCGGAAUCUCGCCAACCGGCUCCGUAUCAACUCCAUCAAGGCGACCACUGCAGCGGGCAGCGGUCACCCAACAUCAUGCUGCAGUGUUGCGGAGAUCAUGUCUGUGGUCUUCUUUCAUACCAUGAAGUACCGACCUGAAGACCCACGCAAUCCCAACAAUGACCGCUUCAUCCUUUCCAAGGGUCAUGCCGCCCCUGUGCUGUAUGCCGCAUGGGCCGAGACAGGCUACCUGAAGGAGAAUGAGCUAUUCAACCUACGCAAGGUUGACUCCAUCCUCGAGGGUCACCCUGUCCCGAGGCAGCAGUUUGUAGACGUUGCCACCGGUUCUCUGGGCCAAGGUUUGGGAGCUGCCUGUGGAAUGGCCUACACUGGGAAGUACUUUGACGAGGCCAGUUACCGGGUGUUCUGCCUGCUGGGUGAUGGCGAGCUGUCCGAGGGCUCGGUGUGGGAGGCCAUGGCCUUCGCUUCCUACUACCAGCUAGACAACCUGGUGGCCAUCUUGGACAUCAACCGCUUGGGUCAGAGUGACCCGGCGCCUCUACAGCACCACGUCGAGAAGUACCAACGACGCUGCGAGGCCUUCGGGUGGCAUGCCAUCAUUGUGGAUGGUCACAGUGUGGAAGAGUUGUGCAAGGUCCUCAGCCAGCCCCGCCACCAGCCUCUUGCUGUCAUUGCCAAGACCAUUAAGGGCAAAGGCAUCCAAGCGGCUGAGGAUAAGAUGGGCUGGCACGGCAAGCCUCUCCCCAAAGACAUGGCUGAAGGUGUGAUAAAGGAGCUGCAGAGCCGCAUGGUCAGCUGCAACAAGCGUCUCUACCCUUCGCCGCCCAACGAGGACGUUGCACCGGUCAGCCUGCGCAACAUCCGCAUGCCCAACGCACCCAGUUACAAACCCGGAGAGAAGAUUGCCACCCGCAAGGCAUACGGCGUGGCUCUGGCCAAGCUGGGCCGCUACAACGAGCAUGUGGUGGCACUUGACGGAGAUACCAAGAACUCCACUUUCUCUGAGCUCUUUAAGAACGAACACCCCAACCGUUACGUGGAGUGCUACAUCGCCGAGCAGAACAUGGUGAGCGUGGCCAUAGGCUGCGCCGUCCGGGACCGCAACGUGGUCUUUGCCAGCACCUUCGCUACCUUCUUCUCGCGGGCCUACGACCAGCUACGCAUGGCUGCCAUCUCUGAGAGCAACAUCAACCUGUGUGGCUCCCACUGUGGCGUCUCCAUCGGAGAGGACGGUCCUUCUCAAAUGGGUUUGGAGGAUCUGGCCAUGUUCCGAGCCAUUCCCGGAGCCACAGUCUUCUACCCAAGUGAUGGUGUCUCCACUGAAAAAGCUGUGGAGCUUGCUGCUAACACAAAGGGGCUGUGUUUCAUCCGAACCAGCCGCCCCGAGAACAGCAUUAUCUACAACUGCAAUGAGGACUUCCAUGUUGGACAGGCAAAGGUGGUUUACAAAACCAAUGACGACCAUGUAACCGUCAUCGGUGCGGGGGUGACACUCCACGAGGCGUUGGCCGCAGCUGAACACCUGAAAAAAGAGCGAAUUCACAUCCGUGUGAUUGAUCCAUUCACUAUUAAACCUUUGGACUCCAAGACCAUUAUUGACAACGCCAGGGCCACCAGGGGACGCAUAAUCACUGUGGAAGACCACUACUAUGAAGGUGGUCUGGGUGAGGCGGUGUGCUCGGCGGUGGUGAACGAAAGCGGUUUCAGCGUCCACCGCCUGGCCGUGUCGCAGGUGCCCCGCAGCGGCAAGCCUCACGAGCUGCUCCAGAUCUUCGGCAUCGACCGCGACGCCAUCGUUCAGGCUGUCCGCAAGGUGCUCAGCGGCACCGCCAACGCCAAGUGA